CUAACUCCUCCUUGAAACCAGAUACGCUGCACUGACUGUAAUGAUAAAGAAGGCUGGGUUCCUCUAAAGGGGACGAAUGGGUUAGAUGUCAGUGUCAGACACGGCGCAUCUUAGGAACAUUCCUGGACCACAAGGAGCUCGUAGCAUACAGGUCCAAUUUGCAACAAAUGUGGACCUAACCUAACAUUUCACCUUGCUGACGGCAUUAUAUAGCGAACAGGCCAGUGUAUUCUGGACACAAAAAGCAGCUCUGCUUUCUGCCGGGCUAUCUUCUGUUUUACGCACUGCUCGAGCCUUUUACGCAUUGUGUGUAGCUCAUUAAAAAUACAUUAAUGAGGAGAGCGACUACCCAAUAAGAUAGUCAUUCUCAGCCAUUCCUGAUUUUUGACUUUCAAAGGACUACAGCUCUCACUCAGGGUGUAUAAUGACUUUUCGGGGAUGUGGCGUGUGGCUGACACUGCUGUUCCUCAGCUCUUCUGUUAUUACACAAGUGGUGGAGGAUGACACAGUGUUUGACCUAUUUGAAACCAGCGGUAUAACGCGAAAAACAAUAGGGGUCAAGUUGUUCAAGGGCCAGGACAGCGAUACGCCCGCUUAUCGCUUCAUCCGCUUUGACCAUCUUCCCUCCGUCAGCGCUGCAUCGCUGCAGCAGCUGCUCCUGCAAAUCCAGAACAACGAGGGCUUCGUCUUCACGGCCACCAUGCGCCAGGACCGUACCUCCCGCGGUACUAUAAUCUCCCUAGAGGGUCCCGGGGAAAGACGCCAGUUUGAGGUGGUCUCCGAUGGCCGCAUCAACUCCCUAGACUUGGUUACUUGGGCGGAUGGUUCGCGCAAUAUUAUCUCCUUCGAAGACGUGGACCUGUCCGACUCGCAUUGGAAGAACGUGACGCUGCAUGUGCACGGAGAGACAGCCACCCUUUACGUGGGGUGUCGUUUGAUUGACAGUUUCAUUCUCGACGAGCCAUUCUACGAGCACCUGAGCGCCGCCGGGGGUCGCAUGUUUGUUGCCAAGGGCUCUGCCCGGGAAAAUCAUUUCAGGGGGGUUCUUCAGAAUGUGCGCUUCAUCUUUGACACAGCUCCGGAAGAUGUUUUGGAGAGCCAAGGAUGUGUGCUCACCAUGGCAGAGGGGGUGAACACCGUGGGCGAGAGCACGGAGUUGAUGGACGUGCCGUCGUCCAUCGCCACCAACCUGAUCAGCCCCAACACCGACGCCCCGGCCACAGGCUCCGUGGACAAGUUGUGCGAGCACUCGUGCGAGGAGCUCACUAACCUCUUCCAGGAGCUGAAGGGCCUCCGUGUGGUCGUGGGCAACCUCAUCGACGGCAUGCAGAAAGUGACGGAGGAGAACAAUGCCAUGCGGGAAGCACUAGCGAAGCUGAAAACCCCUCAGAACCCUAUGGAUCAGAGCCUGUGCUGGCAGGACGGACGGCUCUUUGAGGACAAGGAGGACUGGGUCGUGGACAGCUGCACCAAAUGCACCUGUCAGGAAGGAAAGGUGGUGUGUCGUCAGAUCACAUGCCCCUCAGUGGCCUGUGCCACUCCCACCUUUAUUGAUGGAGAGUGCUGCCCUGUUUGUCUGCCCAUGGACAGUGAGGAUGGCUGGUCCCCGUGGUCUGAGUGGACCCAGUGCACGGUGACGUGUGGCUCAGGGACCCAGCAGAGGGGCCGCUCCUGCGACGACAGCAGCAACGCCUGCAGCGGCGCCUCCAUCCAGACACGCAAGUGCAGCCUGGGGAAGUGCGACAGGAGAGUGAAGCAGGAUGGCGGCUGGAGUCUGUGGUCUCCCUGGUCCUCCUGCUCGGUGACAUGUGGGGAGGGGCUCAUCACACGCAUCCGUCACUGCAAUGCCCCCGUGCCCCAGCUGGGCGGACGGGACUGCGAGGGAGAGGGGCGAGAGACCCAGAGCUGCCAGGCACAACCCUGCCCUGUUGUCGGGGGCUGGGGACCGUGGUCGCCGUGGGCUGCCUGCUCGGCCACAUGCGGCGGAGGCUUGAAGAGCCGCAUUCGGGAGUGCAACAGCCCCGUCCCGGAGCACGGCGGGAGGAAGUGCAUGGGUGACGCCGUGGACAAUGAGGCCUGUGGCCGAAAGGAGUGCCCAAUGGAUGGGUGCCUGUCCAACCCCUGUUUUGGUGGAGUCGAGUGCAGCACUGACAGCAAUGGCUCCUGGGAGUGUGGGCCAUGCCCAGCAGGUUACCGUGGCAACGGUACUUUCUGUGAAGACAUGAAUGAGUGUGAGCUGGUAUCAGAUGUGUGCCAUAAGGUGGAGGGUGUCCAGCAGUGUGUGAACACCGACCCAGGGUUCCACUGCCUGCCUUGCCCCGCACGAUUCAAAGGCAGCCAGCCCUAUGGCAAGGGUGUGGAGGCAGCCAAGACCAACAGACAGAUGUGUGAACCGUAUAACCCCUGCAAGGACAACAGCCACAGCUGCCACAGGUUUGCGGAGUGCGUCUUCCUCAGCCACAUCAUCGAGCCUAUGUACAAGUGCGAGUGCCGCGUCGGCUUCGCUGGGGACGGCAUCAUCUGUGGAGAGGACUUUGACCUGGACGGCUGGCCCAACCAUGACUUAGCCUGCAGAUCCAAUGCUAGCUACCACUGCAAGAAGGACAACUGCCCCAAGCUUCCCAACUCAGGCCAGGAGGACUAUGACAACGACGGGCAGGGAGAUGCCUGUGACAAGGACGAUGACAACGAUGACAUUAUGGAUGAGCGGGACAACUGCCCCCUACAGUACAACCCUCUCCAAUACGACUUUGAUAAGGAUGACGUGGGUGACCGCUGCGAUAACUGCCCCUAUGACCUCAACCCGUCUCAGAUCGACACAGACAACAACGGGGAGGGAGACGCCUGCUCGCUGGACAAGGAUGGCGACGAGAUUCCCAAUGAUCGGGAUAACUGUCCUGUCUUCUACAACACUGAUCAGAGGGACACUGACCUGGACGGAGUAGGAGAUCUCUGUGAUAACUGUCCACUGGUCCACAAUCCUCAGCAGACUGACGCUGACAACGACUUGGUGGGAGAUCAGUGUGAUAACAAUCAAGACAUCGACGAGGAUGGCCAUCAGAACAACAUGGACAACUGUCCCUACAUCCCCAACCCCAACCAGGCUGACCACGACAAGGACGGCAAGGGGGACGCAUGCGACUUUGACGAUGACAACGACGGGAUCCCUGACGACAGGGACAACUGCAGGCUGGUGCCCAACAAAGACCAGCUGGACUCUAAUGGUAACGGUCGGGGAGAUGCCUGUAAGGAUGACUUUGACAACGACAGCAUCCCUGACUUCCUUGACGCAUGCCCAGAGAAUGCUGCCAUCAGUGUCACUGACUUCCGCAAGUUCCAGAUGGUGCACCUGGACCCCAAGGGAACCACACAGACGGAUUCCAACUGGGUGGUGCGGAACCAGGGCAAAGAACUUGUGCAGACAGCCAAUUCUGACCCUGGCAUUGCUGUCGGUUUUGAUGAGUUCAAUGCUGUGGAUUUCAGCGGGACCUUCUACGUGAACACGGAGCGUGACGACGACUAUGCUGGCUUUGUCUUCGGCUACCAGUCCAGCCGACGCUUCUACGUGGUCAUGUGGAAGCAGAUCACGCAGACCUACUGGGAGGACAGGCCCUCCAAGGCCUUUGGCAUCUCUGGCGUGUCCCUCAAGGUGGUCAACUCCACCACAGGCACCGAAUACCUCCGCAACGCCCUCUGGCACACGGGCAACACCAAGAAUCAGGUACGCACACUUUGGCACGACCCCAAAAACAUCGGCUGGAAAGAUUACACAGCCUACCGCUGGCAUCUCAUUCAUAGACCCAAGACCGGUUUCAUCAGGGUUGUGAUGUACGAGGGGAAGCAGAUCCUGGCCGACUCAGGUCCCGUCUAUGACCGGACAUUUAUUGGAGGCAGACUGGGGCUGUUUGUCUUCUCUCAGGAGCUUGUCUUCUUCUCCGACCUCAAAUAUGAGUGCAGAGAUAACUAAUCUGAAGAUCACCGUUUCCAUAGACAUGCAUUUACCAGAUCCCAUACUACAAACAUGUACUACAGAAGUCUUCAGGUAACCAAUAACAGCAGAAAGAGCAGCAGAAAUCCAAAGCCAUGGCACCAAAUUGGACUCAUAGUCAGGCAAUUCUAGCCAUCAUUUCUGCUUCUGUCAUUAAACUAUUCAGUGACCUACACCGGAUAAAGGAUGUUUUGAACGUGUGAUUCAAUGAGGAGGCUGGAUGUGGAGUCCAUGGCUAAGACUCAAUGCAGGACAUUGCUUAUACCUAACCCUCGUGCUAAUUGCACUUACAUUUACAGCAGUACAAUGUUGAAUCCUGCCACCUUGAACGGACCCUUGAGGGUUGCACCUAUUUCCUCAGUUUCAGCUGAUUAUUUUGUAUGUAUGUAGCAAGUAGUCAUGUAUUUUCAAAGGGAAAUUUGUGUUUCGAUCUGUAACAUUUUUUUUUAACACUCUCAAAGCUGAGGGAAAGAUGUAUCAUUUUUAGACCGUCUAAUUUUCUACUGUAAAUUAUUUGCUUUGUGUUGCUUUUCCUUGCAAAGAUAUAAAAUUCAUGUUUAGUUGUGUGAUCUGCUAUUGCCAAAGAAUGUAAAUAUUUAUUUAUUUGUUUACACUGACAGCAUUUCACCAUUGAAGUGCCAAGCAAUACUCAGUGUUAGUAGCGCUCACUCAUUUUGCAUUUAGUGUUAAAAAGGAUUGAAUUUGGUUCAUCUUGGAGAAUCAAGUACGUUUGAAUGCCGGGGGCUCUCAGUGAGGGACAAUUCUUUUUUUUUUUUUGGAGAUAAACAUUUCCAUUCGAGGUAACGUUGCUUCAUCACAUAUCUCAUAACCACAUUACACUUACGCUUUUGGUCAUAUGGAGCAACUUAGUAAAUGUCAAACUUUCGUGUAACACGAAGAGCAUAAAAUCAACCAGAGUUGAUGCUAUUCGUGCUUAAAUAAAUAGGUGACAUAGUCUCCCUGUCAGCCCAGGGUGGCCUUCAGGAGCUGUGAGGCCUGCCGUGUGUGUCGGCGGGGUGAAACCACGGCACAUGGGGAAACUAUGUGAGAUGAGAGAUGCCCUGCGUGCUUGUCAUUCUACUCUCUGAGCUUUGAGUGAGUGUGAAAUUAAACCAGGUGCCAGAAGAAUAACUCUCUUUCGUCUGGCAGGCAUGGUCAGUAUUUCAUUUCUCAAGGUCAAGUGUGUAGAUGCCACAGCCACUUUCAGGAAACCCUUUUUGUAAUAUAAAGCACAUGCAUACCUGUAGAUCGGCGCACAGUUGACUUGGGGCAGAGGGGGGUUUAACGCAUGAAACGAGAGGAGUGAGUGAAAGAUAUGUAAUGUGAUAAGGCGGCCAUUUUAACUCUCAGGAGCUCACCAUACCUCCUCAUCAGACUCAUGCUAAAGCAUGGGACUGGACCACAUGAUCAGCCAUCUAUAGCUUGCUACUGUAUGUCUGUGUGUCUUGCAUUAUUGUUUUGAAUGUUUUUUUUUUUUUUUUUCUGUUUUGUAACACACUUUGUCAUGCAUAUACCUAGCAACAUUCAAUAUUCAAACCAAACAAGCCAGCACAUGAAUAAACAGUAAUAGGUUUAUCUGUCUCAUCUAUUGUUUUCACUUCUGCUUUUGGCAAUGCAUGCUAAAACCCACAACAAACGGAACUACAAAUAGAACACAUGCAGUGAAACAUUUUCUGCACUGCAUUCCUUUGUCACUGAGCGCUCAAUGUACACCGUUUAUUGGCCAAGUCAUCAAAAACAGGACAAGUGCAUUCAUGGCUAUUAGUUAGUAGAUUAGAUAUUUGUCUCAGUUGACUGCUCAUUUUGUCACAUGAAAAAGAA